AUCCAGCUCAGCCUAUCUACUGUACAAGACUCGCAUUUCAGCUACACUCGACUCUUCUUUACACGACUUUACGCCGCUUUCUUACAAUAUGUCUUCUCCCAUUUCUCAGAAGCUGUCUUCUCAGGCCAACAAGGCCUUUGGAGAGAACGCUACACCGGCCAUGCCAGAUGCUCCUAAGCAGGACGUCGAGCGCCGAGCCUCAGAUGCUUCAGAGUCCGGAUCUUUCUAUGACGGACGUCGGAGAUCUUCGGCGGCACAGCGGUUUGCAAACCUCGAGGCUCUCAAGCGCCGUCAAGACGAGGAGAGUCUGGCCAGGAGGCAGUCCUUCCACGACGCAUAUGGAAAGCCUGGUAUCCUCGGCACAUGGUGGAACAACUUUACCCGCGGACCUGUAGUACCCCAAUCGCAGCCCAAGAAUGGGUCUUCAUAAGCUAAGAGUUACUCAACGAACGGUACCAUGAUGAUACGAAGUGACGGGGUUUCGGAAAAGGGUGGGGUUACAGAGUACGCGUCGCACAUGUUGGCUCUGUCACGCGAUCGUGGAUAGUUUGUGAGGAGGCUGGACAAGACAAAUUGCAGUGUCUGGUGUUCAUGCAUACGUGUAUUAUAGGAUGUUCUUAUCCAUUAUGAAUGAACG